AUGUCAUAUUUAUCUGAUAAUACUUAUUAUGAAUUAUGUGAAAUUAAAGAAAUUUCUCCACUAUAUCAACUUUUUACUGAAUAUAAAAAUCAAGAAUUAAUGUUAACUAUUACAGUUUUUAUCUUAUUAAUGUAUAUGGAAGAAUUUUUAUUUGUUUUUCAAUAUAUACUUAUUCGUAUGGGUUAUGCACGACCAUUUGUUAUUCAAACGACAAUAUUUGAAUUAAAUGAUCAAAUAUCAAUGGAUUCGGAUAGUAAGACAACAGAUUAUUAG